AUGAAGAAAAUACAUCUAUCCGAAAAGCUGCCAGCCGCUACGGUGUCAAAUACCACACCCUUUUCCGUCCACUACAUGGUACGAAAACCCGAAAAGAAGAAGAUGAAGAUUGAUGUGCUCUGUCUCGUGAGGAGGAGGAGGAGAUAGUCAAAUGGACGGACUAUAUGACCUCGACAAAUUAUCCCCCAACGGGUCCACGGUUGCAUGCAAUGGCAGAGCGCAUCGCAGGGAGGAAACUUGGCAAAAAAUAGGUGCAAAAGUUCAAGCAUCGCCACCCAUCCGUGAGAGUCAAACGAGCAGCAAAAUUCGAGAAGAAACGAAUUGAGGUUACAGCAGAACUAGUCCACGCCUUUUUUGAACGUUUCAAGCGCGAGUGUCAGCGAUAUUCUGUUGAGGAUCGAGAUAUUUGGAACAUGGAUGAGACAAACUUUAAAGUUGGAGAACUUGCACGAUUACGUCGUGUUUUUGUGUCUGGACCCAAUUCCGACAUGCCCCUGCGUGGAUUUGCAGACGAGGGUGAUAGUUUCACGAUCAUUGAGUGCAUCAACAAGUUUGGCAGCUCUGUGGUACCAGCCUUUAUCCUCAAAGGCAAAGUUACUGUUGAAUCGCAGCUCCCAGCGGAUGAACAGUUGGAAUCACAAUUCCGCUUUGCCAUUGCACAUACGGACUCCUCCUUCAAUAAUAAAGCUCAUGGGUUUGAAUGGUUGGCUCGCAUAUUUAUCCCCUAUACUCGAGGGAACACAUCACGUCAACCAUGGAGAGUACUUCUCCUUGACGGCCAUGAAUCUCAUUUUUCUCCAGAGAUGUGUGACCUAGCCUACUAUAAUCGAGUUCUCCUACUAUUCUUCCUAGGGAAAGCCACGCAUUUACUCCAGCCACUAGAUAUUGGUAUUUUCGGACCCCUCAAGCAAAGUUUCCGUGCACUCAUCGAAGCGGAUGCUGCAGAAGGUGAACUACAUGUAGACUGGUCAGAUUUCUACAAAACCUAUGAAAAAGCACGAAAGGAAACGAUCACAGAACACCUCUGCCAUGCAGGAUUCCGUCAUGCUGGCCUAAUUCCACCUGACCCUCUCAUCCCUCUCUCAAAUAUGAGGAACCCAGAAUACCUCACGAAUCUACUACCUACAAUUGAGAACGAAGAGCAAGACAAAGGAAGCGGAGCAUCAGACAUUGACGAAGACGAAGAGGAGGAUGAGAUUACAGAAGCUUACCGACAGGGGGUUGCUGGUGCUCGGAGAAAAGACUUUCGUGAUGUCUUCACCGCCCUGCGUCAACUGCGUGCAAUUGCUCGCAAGCAUGCUGCAGAGGCAAAAGUCAAUGGAACACUCCAACGCCGUGCCGAAAACGAAAUUCGAAGUCUCAAGAGGGCUAAGAGAAGCAAGAAGCAGGUCAGAACUGAUCCAAAUCAACUUUUCUGUACUCAGAGAGAUAUAAUGAGGGCGCGUGGCCUUGAAGUCUCUUCCCCUAUUCAACCAGCAUCUCCAGUUCCUUCCUCCCCUCCUACGAUAGAUGCAGAUAAUUCACCUCAUCAAGAAGUACCUGGAGAAAUUGUUUGA